GACAACUCUUCAUUUAAAUAUAUAUGGACAACACUGAGUAUUUCGAUGAAAUUAAGCUGGGAAUCAAACCAGAAAUUCAUAAAGAGGAUUUCCAAGCAAAACCCUUCUAACCCCAGUGACUUAAGCAGUGACAAGAGAAAGCGACCCAACAGCAAACAUGCCAGCAGGAGCAAACGCAAAGACUAUAUGCUGCCUCAGAAGUUUUCGAUCAAGAAUGACCACAAUUUCAUGAACAGGUCGUGAUCCAGUAGGAACAUCAUGUCUGUGUACCCUCCGCAAGACGGAACUUCCAAGACAAACAAGACCUACAGUAAAAUAGUGAGCAAGUACCCCAACACUAGCAAGCAGAGUGACCGAAUCAAAGAGCUUAAAAAGGAAAACAAGCGACUUAAGAAGAUGCUUGACAAAGCUGAAAACAAAUACAAGGCAGUCGAAAAGUACAUCCAGGUUCUGAUGAGCAAGAGCGACUUCAAAUAAGCUGACCAAACUCAGAGGCAACAAUCUCAGUUUCGCCGAUGACAAAUAAAAUCAAGCCAUUGUUUGUAGACAAACAAAUCAGUAUAAAAUCGAAGUCGAAGAGUCCGAACAAGUUUAAAGUUGAGAAGAUUUAUUUACCCACAGGAGGCAAGACUCAUAUUAUUACUGACCUGAACAACAGCGCCAAGAAGAGUAACAGCCAUGUAAACCUUCUUGAGCGGUCGACCAACAAAGAUAGGCCCAGAGGGAAAAUAUCCUUGUCGUCCAGUAUGAGAAGAAUCAACAACUUCAAUCCGUCAGUUUCAAACUCCUAUAGUAGAGGCAAGGGUAGUAUUGAUUAUCUGAACACCAUCCGCAGAGAAGCUGACAUGUCAACAAAUGCGAAUUCAAACAACGAAAACACUUUUCAGGCCAUUAUCUCUGCCUACCAGCAAAAGGAAAGGCUCUGGGUCAAAGAGAAACAUGAAAUGCAAAUCGAGCUCAAGUGCCUGCGUGAAGAACUCAAGGCUAUUCGAAUCUUUCUGUGCGAACAAGACCCGAUCGAGAAGAACAUUGACAGCCAAGUAAAAGACAUUGUCCCUGCUUUCAUCCGAGCUUGAAACGUGCCUUUAAGCGACGAAGAUGAGCCUGCCAGAUCAGACAAGAAAGCUCCCAAAAGACUAGUAAUCAAGAAGCCUUCCAUUUCGAAGAACGAAAUAUUGCACCAAAGAACUCCUGUUGAGCAACAGAAAAAGCGAAUGGUCAAGCAGUUCUACCACCCAGGCAGUCUCGACAUGAGCUCGAGUCCAUUCACAGACUCCAUGGGUGUUGCUUCGACAGGCAAGAACAUGAAUGAUGUGGUCAUCAGUCAUUGCAAAAAGAAAAUUGGGGCGCACAAAGUGAUUUCCACAAAAGCAUUUAAAGGCUACAACCAAACUAUGAACUCUGUCAAGAUGAAGAGGUAAGCAAGGGCCCAAUGCACUUAUAUUUGAGUGAUUCAAUU